AUGAAGCAGAUUCAAGACGAAUCUAUCUAUUUAAGCGUGUUCCUAUCUAUCUAUCUAUCUAUCUAUCUAUCUGUCAGAAUAAUCAUAUCUAUCUAUCUAUCUAUCUUAUUUUGUUCAUGUCUAUUUAUCUAUCUAACGCAAUUUAUUCAUCUAUCCUAUCUAUUUAAUUCAUAUCUAUCUAUCUAUCUAUCUUCAUCUAUCUAUCUAUCUAUUCUAUCUAUCUAUCUAUCACAAUUUAUUCAUAAUUAUCAGACUCAGCCUAUUAUCAUAUUCAUAUCUAUCUAUCUAUCUAUCUAUCACAUUUUAUUCAUAUCUAUCUAUCUAUCUAUCAGAUUCAGCCUAUUCAUAUCUAUCUAUCUAUCUAUCUAUCUAUCUAUCUGUCUGUCUUAUUUUAUUCAUAUCUAUUUAUCUAUCUAUCUAAAGCUAUUCAUACCUAUCUAUCUAACGCUAUUUAUAUCUAUCUAUCUAUCUAUCUAUCUUAUUUUAUUCAUAUCUAUUUAUCUAUCUAACGCAAUUCAUACCUAUCUAUCUAUCUAUCUAUCUAUCUAUCUUUUUCAGUCUGUUCAUAUCUAUCACAAUUUAUUCAUAAUUAUCAGACUCAGAUUAUUCAUAUCUAUCUAUCUAUCUAUCUAUCUAUCUAUCUAUCUAUCUAUCUAUCUAUCUAUCUCUAUCUAUCUAUCAUCACAAUUUAUUCAUAUCUAUCAUACUCUUAGCCUAUUCAUAUCUGUCUGUCUGCCUAAAUUAGUCUGUCUGUCUGAAUCUAUCUAUCUUUCUAUCUAUCUAUCUAUCUUAUUUUAUUCAUUUCUAUUUAUCUAUCUAACGCAAUUCAUACCUAUCUAUCUAUCUAUCUAUCUAUCUAUCUAUCUAUUUCGCCUAUUAUCAUAUUCAUAUCUAUCUAUCUAUCUAUCUAUCUAUCUAUCUAUCUAUCUAUCAGAUUCAGCCUAUUCAUAUCUAUCUAACUAUCUAUCUAUCUAUCUAUCUGUCUGUCUUAUUUUAUUCAUAUCUAUUUAUCUAUCUAACGCAAUUCAUCUAUCUAUUCAUAUCUAUCUAUCUAUCUAUCUAUCUAUCUAUCUAUCUAAUUUCAGUCUGUUCAUAUCUCAUCUAUCUAUCAUCUAUUUCUAUUCAUCUAUCUAUCACAGUUUAUUAUCAGACUCAGCCUAUUCUAUUCAUAUCUAUCUAUCUCAUCUAUCUAUCACUUAUUUUAUUCAUAUCUAUCUAUCUAUCUAUCUAUCUAUCUAUCUAUCUAUCAUCUUUUUAUCCUAUUCUAUCUAUCUAUAUAUCUGUCUUAUUUUAUUCAUAUUAUUUCAUUUAUCUAUCUAUCUAAAUCUAUCUCAUCUAUCUAUCUAUCUAACGCUAUUUAUAUCUAUCUAUCUAUCUAUCUAUCUAUCUAUCUAUCUUAUUUUAUUCAUAUCUAUUUAUCUAUCUAACGCAAUUCAUACCUAUCUAUUUAACGCUAUCUAUCUAUCUAUCUAUCUAUCUAUCUAUUCGGUCUGUUCAUAUCUAUCUAUCACAAUUUAUUCAUAUAAUUCAUCUAUUCAGACUCACUAUUUAUUCAUCAUAUUAUCUAUAUUCAUCUGUCUUAUUUUAUUCAUAUCUAUUUAUCUAUCUAUCUAUCUAUCAUCUAUCAACGUUUAUUAUCUAUCUAUCUAUCUAUCUAUCUAUCUAUCUAUCUUAUCUUAUUCAUAUCUAUUUAUCUAUCUAACAGAUUCAUACCUAUUUAACAUAUUAUCUAUCUAUCUAUCUAUCUAUCUCGACUCAGCCUAUUUCAUCUAUCUAUCUAUCUAUCAUAUCUAUCUCACAGUUUAUUCAUAUCUUCUAUCUAUCUAUCGCUAUUUAUAUUCAUCCUAUUCAUAUCUAUCUAUCUAUCUAUCUAUCUUAUUUUAUUCAUAUCUAUUUAUCUAUCUAUCUAAAGCUAUUCAUACCUUCUAUCUAACGCUAUUUAUAUCUAUCUAUCUAUCUAUCUAUCUUUAUUUUAUAUAUCUUUAUCUAUCUAUAUCUAUCUAUCUAUCUAUCUAUCUAUCUAUUUCAUAUCUAUCACAAUUUAUUCAUAAUUAUCAGACUCAGCCUAUUCAUAUCUAUCUAUCUAUCUAUCUAUCUAUCUAUCUAUCUAUCUAUCUAUCACAGUUUAUUCAUAUCUCCUAUUCAUAUCUAUCUAUCUAUCUAUCUAUCUAUCUAUCUAUCUAUCUAUCUAUCUAUCUUAUUUUAUUCAUAUCUAUUUAUCUAUCUAACGCAAUUCAUAUCUAUCUAUCUAUCUAUCUAUCUAUCUAUCUAUCUAUCUAUCUAUUUCGGUCUGUUCAUAUCUAUCACAAUUUAUUCAUAAUUAUCAGACUUAGCCUAUUCAUAUCUAUCUAUCUAUCUAUCUAUCUAUCUAUCUAUCACAGUUUAUUCAUAUCUAUCUUGUGA